GGGGAGGAGGGAGGACGAGUGGAGGAGUUGCGAUGUCUGAGAGCUGAUCGAAGCGACGAGGUCCUGCUAGUCCACUUCAUAGCAUCUCCUCUGAACCAGAACCGUCCAGCUCCUCUUCUUCAUCCCCUUCGACACUUCACGCGCACGCGCACCCGCCACACGCACACGCGCGCGCGGACGCGCUUUCGGAUGUGGAGGAAGCGGCGGGUAAAUGUGGACCGCAGUGUCUCCUUUGCAGCAUCUCCUCGUCUCCGGGAGACGGAGGCUGCUGCCACUGCAGAGAUAACAUCACGUUACCUGGUAUGAAGAAUAGGGAGCUGCUGCAGGUGUCCCUCGGGCAUGUUUGUCCUCUGGCCGCUCAGCCUGUGUGUCUCUGUUCCGCACACAGACAUUCUGGGAGGGAGGAGAAAGACCGCCUAAAAAUAAACUGACACGCACCACCAGCAGAAAAAAACUACCAAACAAAAAGAGCUCUUGUUUUUGUUUCUCCCGUCUCUCGUUGGGACCAGGGAGGAGGUGACAUGUCCCAGUCUGGGAAACUCCUUCAUUUGUAUGUGGAAGUGAGGUCUGCCACGGAUCAAAGUGGCGGGAAGGAGGGGAUCGCUCAGGGGCGUUCGGUCCAGGGCGGCCCGGCGGAGCUCCUGUCUCAGCUUGCAAGCCACACCGCCGUUGCCAAGUCAUCCGCGGCUCACCGACUGGCUCAGGAACGCAAACGGUCUCCUUCUAGAGGCGGCGUCCAGCUGCAGCCGGCCGGCGGCGGCGGCCCCUCCUCGUCCCCCAAGCACGGCAGCGACUGGCCAUCCGUUGUCCAAUCCCCACCGAUGAUGUCCUCGUCCGGGAAAGUCAGUGCCCCUCACACGCCGCUGAACUGCCGUGGGUUCAGCGGGGGCAAAGUCGGCGACGGCACGCGGUCCGUUGUCACCUUCGGUUACAUUGAGAAGUCCAACGUGAGAACGAUGGACAGUCCGCGCAGCUCUCUGUGCGAGCGGGGGACCCGAGAGGAAAGAUCCACGCCAUCCCACUACCGUAAAAGGUUCAGCGACCCGGUUUGGUGUGGGAGCCCCGACUCAUCGUGCAGCUCCAGUCCCAAGCUGACCUUCAGACCUCCUGGCGUUCGCCAACCAGCCUUGGACCCCAUUGGCAGAGCAGCUACCCAGAGGGCCGUUGAGGAGUUUGGCUCCCCUCUGCUGCGGAUCAAACUAGCGCACGCCCUCGAGCAAUCGGCGUCCUCACGCUACAACCAGCAGCCCUGGUCCGGGUCGCCCGUUCAGCGCCAGAGCAUCAGCGCUAACCUCAUAGACCACCUCCCGGACCGGAGCCAGGCCACUUGCGGACUUCCCCGGAGCCCGGCGUCAGACCAGCUGUCCUCCCAGUCCGUCGACUCCAAUAGCCCCCUGGCAGGAAGUCCAGCUGUCAAACGACACGUCCACAGGUCCAGCACUUCACCACAAGCAGCACUCCCCCAACUUGGCAAUAAUGUAGUGGAGGGCUUGAACCAGUUAAGUGACAGUAAAUCCUCCUCUCCUGCUCACAGCCCCGAUGUCGCCGGCAGGCAAGCGGAGGAGGCCACCAAAGUAUCCUCCAUUCUUACAGGGGAAAGAGGGUCCUUGUUGCACAACGCUUUAGGGGAUCCCACCGGAGAAUUUCAUAACUCAGCUCCCAACGCACAACAGUCCAAGCCGACACUUAAGAUGAACAUCCCUUUAAACGACCUACACACGGCAGCAACGGACAACGCCACUACAACGACCAACUCGCACCAGCCUGAAAACUCCACAUUGACGUUGCACAAAACAAACUCCCGCGCCAACUAUGAAAUGCGGCGGGAGGACUGUGUUUGGAGGUCCCAGCGCCCGAGCCCGACGGGUUCCCCCGCCAUUCCUUCACGCGUUUUCCGGGCCUCCCAUCCUCCCACCGAGCUCAGCUCUCCCAUGAGGGACCCCAGGCUACUCCAGGCCGAGCUCCGGGCACCGGACACCCCAACACUGCACCGCCGGCGGCUCCCGUGGUGCGCCAGGGACUCCUGGUCCCUAGGCCUGGACAAGAGAGAGCACCUGAGCGGCUUCGAACGCGGGGACUGCACUGAGCUUGCUCGCAGACUCUUCAUCAACCAGGGAGUUGAGGUGGCGCCGGUCAGCUGGACUUCCAGGCAGCAGUGGGGGAGCCAGCUGGAGAGCAGCCCGAGGCCGAGUCACGAGGCCGGGUUUGUGUCCGGCGGUGACCAAACUCCCGACCGCCAACCCGAGGCCUACCGCAGGCCGCUCAGUCCCACCGCCCAGCAGAAACGGGCGGAGCAGAGGAGGAGGGAGAUCCUGCUCCUGGGGCCGGUGGCACUGGACUCUCCGGAGGAAGACGAGGGCUGCGAGGAGGAAGGCCAGGGGGACGAGACUGAGGGAUACGAAGGGGAACGACAAAGGGUGGAGGAGCCGGCAGAGGCGGAGCAGAAUGUAGCAAUGGGAGGGUCGUCCUCGCGGAGCUCCAGCGGGGUGACGGGCAGCUUGGGGGACAGGGAAUGUGGUUCGCCCGGGUCCAGUCAGUCCAGUCACCAGAGCAACGAGACCGGCGCCGCCACCUCAGGAAUACAGACGGACAGUGGCUGUGCAGGGCCGGUUCCCUCGCUCCAUUGUCAGAGGAUCGCUCGUGCCAAGUGGGAGUUUUUGUUCGGGACCCAAGCGGAGGAGGCCACUACCAGGGGGGAGAAAAAUGCCCUGGAGACCUCCACCGCGCCCCCCAGCGGUAACUCCAGCGAGUCUCCCACCCCGACUCCCCCAUCCUCCCUACCCCUGCUCUCCGGCAACCACGAGGUGCAGGACGUGGAGGUCGAGCUGGUGACCCCUCCUCCCGCCUUUGUUGGCGCUUCGCCCAAAACCGGCAUCAUCCGGCGCACGCUGAAGUACUCGGAGACCGACCUGGACGCCGUCCCGCUGCGCUGCUACCGGGAGACGGACAUCGACGAGGUGCUGCUGGCCGAGCUGGACGACGGAGACUCGGCCUUCGGGAGCAACCGCAGCGUUCAGGGGACCUCGGGGACGGGCAGCAGCCCGCUGGGGGGUCCGGCCUACGGGAGGGAGGACGGGGCGCAUCAGGAGGAGAGAAGACUGUGUGGAGGGGUGGGGGGCGAGGAGGAUGAGGAGGAGGAAGAGGAGGAGGAAGAGGAAGAAAUGGUGAGCUGGGCCAGUGUGAGGAUGCAAGGAGACAAUAGGAAGCAGCAGUUUGCAGCUCAGGAGGAGCCAGAGGUGUUUGGACACAUGCUGAAGAGAACAAUGGAAACGUUUUUCGACAACCACCACCCGGCCCUGAAAUCCCCGCUGCUGGUCUCCGGGCCCCGCUGCGCUGCUGAGGACACCUUCAGCCGCCACUUCGAGAGCAUCAUGGAGUCUCACCGCGCCAAAGGCACGUCCUACAACAGCCUGGACAGCGAGGAGCUGCUGACCUCCAGCGCCCAAACCGUCCUGACCUUUGACCUGCCCACGCUAACCCCGGCCAUCCACGGGCCGGUCUGCCACAGCGCCAGGCAGAUCGUGCAGCUCAGCUUCGCCCCGCUUGCCCACGACGAGAGGCCCAGCAUCUCAGACUCUAUCUUUACCGUGACGGGGGACUCGGACGCCACCCGGGCGCCGUCCAGCGAGAGGCUGAGCAGCGGCUCGGAGGACACGCCGCCCAGAGGGCGAGGGUGCUCGCAGCUGGGGAGCAGCUGGUACAGCAACCCGUCCUUCUCAUUACUGAGGUAGGUGAGCAGCACGUCGAGAAGCCCGUCUGCGACGGACUCGGAGCCGGACCAGAACCUCAGCGACCGGCUGGUUCUGGAGAGCAGCGACAUCACCAACGGCAGCCGGCGGGCCGACGUAGCGGCCGCCCGGCGGCUGACCAAGCGGCUCUUCACCCUGGACGGCUUCCGGAAGUCCGACGUGGCGCGACACCUCAGCAAGAACAAUGACUUCAGCCGUAUGGUAGCAGAAGAGUAUCUGAGUUUCUUCAACUUCACGAGCCUCUCUAUUGACCAGGCUUUGAGGACUUUCCUCCGGCAGUUCGCCCUGAUGGGGGAGAGUCAGGAGAGGGAGAGGGUGCUGUCACACUUCUCUAAGCGCUACUUGGACUGCAACCCAAAAGCCAUGCCGUCAGAGGAUGCAGUUCACACUCUCACCUGCGCUCUGAUGCUGCUCAACACCGAUCUUCACGGCCAGAACAUUGGAAAGAGGAUGUCGUGCUCGCAGUUCAUUGGCAACCUGGAAGGACUGAACGACGGCCAAGACUUUCACAAGGAUCUGCUUAAAGCGCUCUACAACUCAAUCAAGAACCAGAAGCUGCAGUGGACUCUCGACGAGGAAGAGCUGCGAAAGUCGUUUUCAGAGCUGGGGGACAGUCUGUGUGAGACCAGCGCGUCCCGCCCGGGGAAGGGGGAGGGCGGCGGCGGCGGCGGCGGUGGCGGCGGCGGUGGCAGCGGCAGUGGCAGCGGCGGUGGCGGGAAGCCGCUGACGGACGAGACGCAGCAUCCGUCUGGAUCGCUGCUUUACAAGAACGGCUUCCUCGUACGCAAAGUCCACGCCGACCCGGACGGCAAGAGAACUCCGAGAGGGAAAAGAGGCUGGAAGACGUUCUACGUCAUCCUCAAAGGGCUCAUUCUCUAUCUGCAGAAAGGGGAGUACAGGCCGGACAAACACCUCUCCGAGGAGGACCUGAAGAACGCUGUGUCCAUCCACCACUCUCUGGCCAUGAAGGCCUCCGACUACAGCAAGAGGCCCAACGUCUUCUACCUGCGCACCGCCGACUGGAGGGUUUACCUCUUCCAGGCGCCGAACGCGGAGCAGAUGCAGUCUUGGAUCACGCGGAUCAACGCGGUUGCCGCCAUGUUCUCAGCUGCUCCUUUCCCAGCAGCCGUCGGCUCACAGAAGAAGUUCAGCCGGCCGUUGCUGCCGGGCACAGUGUCGAAGCUGUCAGAGGAGGAGCAGAUCAGAUCCCACGAGGCUCGAUUCAGAGCCCUGUCCACUGAGCUGGCUGAGCUGCACUCCUAUCCCCCCGACCGAAAGGUCAAAGGCCGCGAUCUUGAUGAGUACCGCCAGCGGGAAGAGUAUCUAGAGUUUGAGAAGACGCGGUACGGGACGUACGUGAUGCUGCUGCGGGCUAAGAUCCGGAGCGGCGAGGAGGACCUGUCCGUGUUCGAGUCCCAGCUGCUGGAGGACAACGGGCUGCAGAGGGCCCAGUCCAGCCCCACGCUGCAGGACAGCAGCCAGGCCAGCCAGGCCAGCAGGGACGGGGGCACCAGCAGCAAGGCCAGCGGCUGCAGCAGCAGCGGCGGCGGGGGCGGCGGCGGGGGCGGCCGGCACCGACCGGACGGCCAGAGACACAGCUACCGGCAGGCCGUCAAGAAGUGAGCCAGGGCGGGGGGGCGCCGGGAGCGGCACGGCGUUGCACUGCCAGCGGCAGGCUGACUCCCUACAUGAGGUUUUUAUUUGAGAUCCAGGAGGGUUUGGAGCUCUGCUUGGAGGGGGAGCAGGAGUCAGGGGGGCGGGGGGGGUCUACCCACCCUCCCCCACCGUCACCACGACCCACGACGCCCUCCCCUCCUCACGGACCGGAGGAGAGGCGGACCUGUGUGCCUGGUGCAGGAGGUCACAGAUCUGCCCGGGCCGAGGCGCCUUUGAGGAACGCGCGCCAGGCCGAGCGGCGAGAGGGCGGGAGGCGAAGGUGCGGCGACGAAAACCUUCCGGCUUGCUUUUUUCUCGCCUCCUUCUCCCGCCUUUGUUCUUCUGACCUUUUCGGGGACCAAAAACGUAGUUGAGCAUCUCUUCCCCGGACGACUCAACGUGGGUCUGAAUCCCUCAGAGCGUUGAAGCGCUGUAAUCGUCACCACCACCGUUCCUUUUCUCUCACCGCGUUCACAUUCCUGUUUUACCGAAAGUGGCAAUGGGGUUGAUUCCGUGAAGCGUACGCUGCACUCUGGGAUGAAGGCGUGGCCGCGGUGCUCGGUGACGGGCCAACCAGAGGGUGUCAGCAGAACUUCCCAACACCUCAUCCAGAGACGUCUUCUUCUUCUUCUUCUUCUUUUUGCUGUACUGUAACAGGAGACCCGUUUCCAAGUUGCUUCGGCUUCUGUCCCCGUGAUGUGCUUCUGUUUCUAGUUCUUGGCUGUGUGUUGUUUUCUUCCCGUGAUCUGCAUGCCUGCAUCCUGCUCUGCUUCUUUUAGGCCUUUUACUACUUUUAAGGGCAAAACUGAGAGCUGCAACACUUAUCUGGGGUCACUUAGGUCCUUUUUGUUAUGUCUCUCCCCAAAAUGUGUAUUCUCCGUCUGUACGUAUAGCCUUUAAUUUAUACUUACCUAUUUUAACACUCACCAGGCAGACCCUGAAUGUUCUUUUCAAUAUUUUUAUGGUAUUUUACAGUCGUUCGUUGGUGUUGAACCUUUUCCUCCUGUGUAUGUCAAGUGUGUAUUGAAAAUGUAAAAGGAAAAUAUGCUACCCAUACUCUUUGUAAACAUCCAGGAUGUGUUGUGUACAUACAUAUAUAUACAUACAUAUAUAUAAAUAUAUAUGUGUAUAUAUAGAAAUAUAUAGUGCACCACUAGCUUGUAUUGUAGGAUAUAUGAAGGUAAUAUAUUGACAAUAUAUUCAAAGACGCGAUUGUGAAGCACUCAAAGUCCCACAAGCCCGCCGCGAUAAUCACGUGUUGCUGUUGCUGUUGUUGUUAUCUUGUCUUUUUUUUCCUCUGACAUGGGGAUAAUUAUUCAGCACAAUAUGAGUAUUAUAGUUAUUAUACAUGCGUAUGUACCUAUCAGAGAUUAGCGAGCGUUUAGAGGGUGUUUGUGACGGGACUACAAGUUGAAAAGAGUGAUCCAUUGGCGGCGCAUGGUUGGCUAACGACCCACAGCAUGAGUUGUUUCUUUUUUAAAGGGAUCGGGGUUGUUGUAGGUGAUGCAUGACGAAACGUUGGAGAAUGUAUACAAAUUAAAAGGGAAGAAACUGGGCUGCCUGUUUUUGUAGUUUUUUGUUUUGGUGGCUGUAAAACGCCUCACAGAUUUAAAGAGGUCUUUCUUCUCAGGCUUUUAAGACGCUACAAGGGCGUCGUGACCAGCAGGGAGAGCCAUAACACACCUGCUGCACCUGCAGUGGAUAUGCAUGACAUCACACUCUCACCCGAUAAGAAGGAGGGGGGGCAGGAUUCUAGAGGUCCGUGUUGUUCUUUUUUGUGAGACAGGAUUUAAUAUUUAGGCAUAGCUUUGUGUUCAUAUAUUUCCUGUGUGUCUUUGCGUUUUGUGCAAAAGCAAGAGAUUUCCGGUCGCAUUUAAAAAAAGAUAAUGAUUUUUUUUUUUCUUUCUCUAUGUCCUCCCAUCGUCUUUGUUAUCUCAGAGGUAUUGCUUUUAAAGGUUUGUGUGGAUAUUGUUUAUAAAACUUUAACAUCACAUCGCUGUAUUUGUUCAUAGUGUUUAGUUCAUUCAGUUACGACAGAUAAAAAAAACUAUAGUUCAUCAGCUGCUCAGAUUGUUUUCUGACAAUAUGACUUUUAGGUUUUACGCAAACCUCUACCGUUGCUUUUGUUAUUCUUUGACCGGAAACUACCUUUUUGUGCAGAUUUGAAUGAUUUGAUUUCAUACGUGGAGCCUUUCUACGUGUAAAAUCAAAUCAUUCAGUCCAGUCGACCGCAGCACACAAUCUUGAUCACUACUAAGAGUUUACCCACUUCAAUCUGAAAUCAUUUAAUAAUUUAAUAAAAACGCCACAUGCUGUCUACUCUCCACUUUGAGACGGAUGGAUGUAGCAUGAAAGGAAAGCCUCCACCUUGACAAACUCCCGAUGCCCCCCCUCCCUCUCUCCUCCGCCUGUUGCCCCCGCUCACCCGCAUCAGGGAGCAGCUGCAGCAUCUCCAUGGCACUGGUUAGCGUGGAAAUAGCUGGUUCCCCUGGUGACGGCUCCUGUGAUGCUCCAGUGAAAGUCACCCUGUUGUCUUCGGCGGUAAAGCAACUCCGUUAAAGCAGCAGCUCAUUGAAAACACUGAAGAGACAUGUCUUUUUUUCCAUGAACGCCUUGAUUCUGAAUGUGACGUGUAUUAAGCAUGAGAUUUUAUGGCCUGUUUUUCCUUUAGCUUACCGUCAGAGUAUUAAAUGAAGGGUUGAUAUUUAAUGUGUGUCAACGUGUUUUUUUCUUUUCUUUUUCUUGUCCUUGAGCUCAUUGGUCUUUUUUUUUUUUGUUGUUGUUUUUUUCUCAGUGUCAAUGAAGGAAAUGGCUAUUUAACGCUAUCGUCUGCUGUUGUUUUAGAGACAUGAGCGAGCUCAUCACAAACCUUUUUACGAGUGGAGGUGCGAUCUGAUCCGUCUCAGUGUUUUGUAGACCGGUCAUUUAAAUGCUGCACACACACGCUGAGCUACGUGUGUCACUGCCUUGUUAAAAACUCACCAAGGGAAAUGUUGUCUGUGAGCUUCUCGUUUUGGGAGGCAUAGAAUGUGAAAAUAAAACGUGUUUUGAAAGGUUAA